UCAGUUUCCGCCGGAAGCCGCCCUGUCAGUUGUUGUCCUCCGGUAUUUGGGCUGGCUGUGUGUAAGUAGGUUAGCGGCGGCUGGCUGGGUGAAAAGUCUUGGUCUAGGGAGCUGGAGCGGGAGAAAGAAAACUUGAGACAGCUUCAACCCGGACAGCAAGAUGGAUGUUCUGAAAUCGGAGAUCCUCCGGAAGCGGCAGCUGGUGGAGGACAGGAACCUGUUGGUGGAAAAUAAAAAAUAUUUCAAGCGUAGUGAACUUGCAAAAAAAGAAGAGGAAGCAUAUUUUGAAAGAUGUGGCUACAAGCCUAUAAAUGAGAAGCCAUCUGGAGAGAUACAGCCAAAAGAUGAGGACCAGAAACCAUUAACUUCAUCGAAUCCAGUAUUAGAACUUGAACUGGCAGAGGAAAAAUUACCCAUGACUCUUUCUAGGCAAGAGGUUAUCAGAAGAUUGAGAGAAAGAGGAGAACCAAUCAGACUAUUUGGAGAAACAGAUUAUGAUGCUUUUCAACGUUUAAGAAAAAUAGAGAUCCUCACACCAGAAGUUAACAAGGGAUUGAGGAAUGAUCUGAAAGCAGCUUUGGAUAAGAUUGAUCAGCAGUACCUCAAUGAACUUGUGGGUGGCCAAGAGCCUGGAGAGGAAGACACCCAGAAUGAUUUGAAAGUUCACGAAGAAAACACCACAAUUGAAGAAUUAGAGGCUCUGGGAGAGUCUUUAGGAAAAGGUGAUGAUCAUAAAGACAUGGACAUCAUUACCAAAUUCCUUAAGUUUCUUCUUGGUGUUUGGGCUAAAGAGCUGAAUGCCAGAGAGGAUUAUGUGAAGCGCAGUGUGCAGGGUAAACUGAACAGUGCUACUCAGAAACAGACUGAGUCCUAUCUCAGACCCCUUUUCAGAAAGCUACGGAAGAGGAAUCUUCCUGCUGAUAUUAAAGAAUCCAUAACAGAUAUUAUUAAAUUCAUGUUGCAGAGGGAAUACGUGAAGGCUAACGAUGCCUAUCUUCAGAUGGCCAUUGGAAACGCCCCUUGGCCCAUUGGUGUUACUAUGGUUGGCAUCCAUGCCAGAACUGGCAGGGAAAAGAUUUUUUCCAAGCACGUUGCACAUGUUUUAAACGAUGAGACACAGCGGAAAUAUAUUCAGGGACUGAAGAGGUUAAUGACCAUUUGCCAGAAGCACUUUCCUACAGAUCCAUCAAAAUGUGUGGAGUACAAUGCACUAUGAGAUCUGUGUGCGGUGUGUAAAUAUCAAGAGAAGCUUAAGGAAGCCUAUCACGGACUUCUGGAAUCACCACCAGUUGCAAUGAGGGAAGAAGAAAAAAGGAGUUUGUGGUCUCUGAGUUCUACCUAAUGCAGCUCUUGGUUUUAAGAACCUGUGUUGGCUCUCAUGUCACGUCUGACUGCAGAGUGAUUUUUGUGUCUUACUUUUAAGUAGUCAAAAGAUUAAGUACUAAAGACUUUCCCCAGUAAUUUAAAUGUGUAAAUUUAAAACAGUCACAGGACACGGUUUAAAAUAACUUUUCCCCUCUAGACCUAAAAGUUGAAAUGAAAGGAUUAAAGAGGAACAUUUGAGGAUGGACUCAAUGAUUUCUAUAAAAUAUGGUAAUUUUCAUGUUGCCUUUUAUGUUUUGUUUAUAGAGAAAUAUUUUUAUAUUUUUCAACAAAAAUAUGGAACCAUUUAGUGAAACUUGAUUGUCCUUAAAUGUUGCUUGACUUUUGCCACCUUGCAAUAUAUUUGAAUGUAAAUGUUUUUACUAUUAAGUGUCUAUCUUGCGUUUUAAAGCUUUUAUCCUUUAAAGAUAUACAUUAUAGUAUUGGUCAUCUCUCAGAACAGAAUUAACAAGAAGUAGAAGUUUGGAAAACAAAGAUGGUAUAUUAAACCAACAGAAGUUCAAAUUCAGUAGCCCCAGGCAUCAAGGUUUCAAGGUGAGGAAAUGGAUUGUCAGGGCUGCUGCUGGCUCUUCCUAGAAUAGGACUGCCUGCAAAUGUCAUCCUCCCGAGACCGUGGUGGAUGGCUGGUCACGCUCCGUCUCACCGGCCAAAGAGAAGGAUGCUGGACUCUUGUCACUGCCCAAGUUGAAGGGCUUGGUCUGAUUUGACUCAAGCGAGGACUUCUUUUGACUCUUGCACAGUGUCACACCCAGAUAACUGUGAUGAAUCACUGCGCUUUAGAAGUCGAGAGGACUCAGUGGAUAGAGACAGGUGGGUAAGUAGAAUGGUACUUGACCAGGUGGAGUGGUGCUGGCGGCUCCUGGUAGGAGUGGGACUCUGACAUCAGAACUGCCUCGCCUCACAUUUCAGCAACACAGGCAUGUGUAUGUCUGUACACCCACGAGCAAGGCACUUCAUCUCUCUAAACUUCAGCUUCCUUGUCUGCAGAUGGUGGUAGUCAUUGUCCAUGCCUCAUAGCAUCACUGUUUUAAGUGAAAUAAAAUGUAUAGCACGCUACCAGGCAAAUAACUCAGUACAUAACAAUCGUGUCCUUGUUGGUGGUAGAGUGAAGACAAAGUGGCUUUCCCAGACCACUGGUCAGGACAGUGUGCAGGUGGAUUCAAUUACUUAUUCUGGCCCCUCUUGGAAAGCCUUGAAAGCCAGUUUUGGCCUCUUGUGGGGUCUGUGGCUAUGCUGGGCUGAUUGUGUCUGCUGGUUAUUUGCUCAAUGGUGGCUGAGGCCUGCUGUCCUGAAUUGAAUCAGUGUUCCUUGCCCUUCACCCCACUUUAGAAAACCAUUUCUUAUUAAAUUAAUUAGAACUGAAUGAAGCUUAGUAGAGCAAUAAGAGACAGACUUUCAUAAGAUGCGACAACAAUGUAGACUUCAGUUAUAUAGUCUUGAAUAGAACUUGUUUAUAAAUAUUGUUGAAUGAAUACUCCACAGAUCACUUUUUUUUAAAUUCAUAGGCAGCCCACACCAUGGUAGUCAGCUCAUUUUGUGUUGUCUUCCCAUUUGCUCUGAGUUAAUAUUCCACACAGAGAGGAAACUGCAUCAUGUGACACCAGUACCUUCUAGAACUGAUCAGCAUGGGUAGAUGGUUUGAGGGGAAAAAAAAUGUGUAAGGUAUUCUGUGGUGCCGUGAAUGUUAGUCAUUUUGGGGCUUGGGUAUAGGGAGGCAGGUUGAAAGGUGUAGAUUCCUCAUAGAGAAGUUUUCUAUUUCCCAGAAGUUAAAAGGUCUUCAGAGGACUGUACCUGUCAUGGGGGUUUAGUAAAAAAUGACCUCUCUCAUUCUCCAGAUAAUGAAAAUUAUAGUGCAGCAGAUGCUACAUAUUUCUAAUUUUUAGCUGUUUCUAAAACAAUAAAGGCCUAUCUUUUAAAAUCAGUCACACUUCUGAAAUAAGUAUAUUCUUCUAUCUCUUCCUCCCCACCUCCCCAGACUCCUUUCCUAAGGAGUUGUGUCUUUCUGGAUUCAAAUCUAAUAAAACACUGUUUUCCCUCAAAAGUAAAUCCUGUGUUUCUUAGGAGUGUUCUUGCCAACUGCAAAGACAGCAGCAUUUUUCAGCAUUGCAGUAUAGGGCUGUGGCAGUCUGGAGGCCAUGGCUGUGAUUUCAGCCCUUGGGGAAAAACGAGGAAAAGAAAACUGAGGCCAAAAACAGUUGACACAUAGAGAGGAGAGAGGGCAGCCCGGAUCCUGUAGGAAGAAGGGGAAGGUCCCAAGAGACCCGUGCUGGGAAGGUAGCUGUCGCUAGUGCGAGCGUUGAGGAUGCACUGCGUCUUGAAAAGAAUUUGGAGGAAUAGAAAAUAGGGUUGAUUAGCAGUACAACUUCUGAAUGUUAAGUUUUUCCUUCUGAUGAUCUCCUGGCCCCCUGUAGCACUUUAGAUUGUCCUGGGAUUUGACCACAGUAAAUAUGGUAGUAUUUACUUAGCAGUAAAGAAUCCGCCUGCAGUGCAGGAGACUCGGGUUCUAUUCUUGGGUCAGGAAGAUCCCCUGGAGAAGGAAAUGGCAACACACUCCAGCAUUCUUGCCUGGAAAAUCCCAUGGACAGAGGACCCUGGCAGGCUAUAAUCCACGGGAUUGCAAAAGAGUCAGACACGACUUAGCAACUAAACAACAACAAAUUCUGUAGAAAUCCAAUUAUUUGAAAGAAAGAAAGAGUUCGGUAGAUUUGAACUUGUGGAUCCUAUCACUGGCUCCUUUUCAGCCCUAUAGUAACCCCUUUAUUACUUCUGGACCUACAAAGGUAGUAGAGCUAAGUGGGGCAGAUUCAGUGAAAGGGGAGCUUCGGUUGAGAUGUGGCUGUUCCCUUUGAAUAUCUGCAAGAGCAUAACCUUGUGGAUCAUGCCUCCUUCCUCCGCAUCCUCGCCCAUGAAGUCCCUUAACUUUAUCCCCUAGAAAUUUAUAGUAUGGAGUCGUACUGGGAGGCUUCAACUGAAAGCCCUUUCUCACAGCAGGUUUGUGUAAGAGUUUCCAGCUGUCUAAAGUGUGAGGAGCCAGCCCCAGUCCCCAGAGGGUCGCUGUGGGAACACUGUUAUGGCAACUGGUUUUCAUCAGACUCGGCAGUUGGAUGGGCUGAAUUCUGACUAUGCACUGGUUUGUCCUGUAAUGGUUAACAGUAACCUUAAAAUCUUUUGAAAUUUAAAAAUAAGUUCUGGUGGCGUGGACUAACUCAAGGGAAUGCAGUGUGGUUGGCAGUUGUCACUGUGGUGUGAACUGACCCCUUUCAGGAUUUUGGAAACAUACUCAUUUAAAAUACACACACACACACAUACACACACAUAUAAAAUAUUUGUGUGUAUAUAUAUGUUUUUACAUUUCCAAAACAGUUUAUUUUGAAAGUAUUGAUUAUUUACUCCUUUUUCCACAAACUCUUAUAAACACGCCCAGACUAAUCCUUGUGUUGAUGGUAAUGGUUACUCUUGUUUAACUAGGCCACUUCCUUUUUUGUUUAGUCUCUCCUCUCUGUCCUUAAGCACCCGCUUUGAAAUCAUUGUCAGCUUUCUCCCAGCAUUCAAGAUGAACACAUACUUUGACCACGGAGGGCAGCUAAGAAUGUUUGAGCUGCUUUUUGAGUGUCACUGGUGAUCACUGAGGCAUUCAGCAAGCUUCCUUGCUGAUGAUUCUUGCUGAUGAAUCCUGAUGAUUCCGUCAGGACUUAUCUGCAUACCUGGCUCUCCUUGCCCUCUAAACUCCCAGGGUUGACAGCUUGCCAAAACCAAAUUGCCUUUACUCUCCAACUUGCUCUUCCCUUGAGACUUAGGAGACAUCAUGAACCAUUAGCAUUGUCCUUUGAGCCUGAUUUCGGUUUUGCCAUCUCAUAAAGCAGGAGGAUUAAAGUUGUGGCUUUGAGAUGCUUUGACUAUAGCUCAACAGUCAGCCAUAACAAAUAGGUGGGACCCAGUAUCACCUAUGUGUAUUCCCUGACCAUGCCAUGAGCGGUGCAUUCUGAUUUUUCUUUCCUGUUGUGUUUCUUUUAAAAAUAUGCUGGUGUGACUCUAAAGUGGCUUACAACUCAUUAAUGUGUUGUGACCAGCAGUUUGAAAACCACAGAUUAAAAAGAGUUAAUCAGAGUUACAGAAGGAAGUGACCUGGUGGAUGAAUUCAGGGCAAAAGGACUCUAUUUCUUCUAUUUAUUUAUUUUUUAAUAGGGAACACUUAGCUCUCAAGGUUUAUGUGGAAUUUGGCAUAUUAUAAAACCUUGAGUACUUCAGUUGUUAAAUAUUUUUGAAGCAAUAAUUCUUAGGUUUCAAAUGAGGUGACUUGUGCAUGGAGAGAACCUCCAGGACAGGCCUCAUGUAAGAAAAUUAAUGGUAAGAAUAGGUGACUACCUUGGGCUGGCUAUACAUUGUGUAAAGCAAGAAUAAACAUAUUAUAAAAUAUGAGAUUGUUUAAACUAUGAGUUAGAGUUGAGGCAGAGAGAGAUAGCAGGAGUCUAGUAUUAAUCAGUUACCUGUUGAGGGUUUGUUUAGCCCUUUGAUGAUUAUUUCCCAAGACUCGCAGCUAGAUUUCAUUUCCUUCAUUGUAAAGUUUUAUUCAGUUGUAACAUAUACAGCAAAGUGCACACAUCAGAAAGAUACCAUAUCAUACAACUUUUUCUGAGUGAAACUGUCUCAAAGUAACUAUCAUCCAAGUCAGGAAAAAUAAUGUUAUUAGUGCCCCAGAAAUCUCUUCAUGCCUUGUCAGGACAGAGCCAUGGCCUUGAUUUCUGCUAUCAUUAUUUAAAAAAACAUCUUUCUUGAUUGGAUGCAUGUACUGUAAGAUUCACCCAUUCAAAGGGUACAGUAGUCUUUAGAAUAUUCAGAAUUGUGCAGUCAGCAGCACAUGUGGAACAUUUUCAUCACCCCGAAAAAAACCCGGGACCCAUUAGCAGUCAUUCCCCGUGUGAGUUAGUUUGCUUGUUGUUGUUUAUUUGUUUGUUUGACUGCACCAGGUCUUAGCUGUGGCAGGCAGGAUCUUCAAUCUUCUUAGUUGUAGCAGGUAGGAUCUAGUUCCCUGAUAGGGUUUUGAAUCCGGGCUCCCUGCAGCUUCUUAGCCCCUGGACCACUUGGGAAGUCCCUCAUUGUGAUUUCUUUGAUUCUCAUUUCUCUAUACCAUUCUACAUUUGAUAGACAUUUGAGUUGUCUCCACUUUGGGUAUGAAUGCUGUACAUGUAUUUUUUGGUGAAUUAUAAAUUCCUCUAGGGUCUAUAUGAAGUUGAGAAAUGUUUGGAUAUGUGUGUACUCAGAAGGUGGUGCCAAAGAGCUUUCCGAAGGUCAUGCCAGUCCACAGUGCCACAUGCGGGACUCGAGGGGUCUUGGCCCCUCCUGGAAUGUCCUCGGUCACUUCAGCUUCAGCUCUUGUCCACUUCAGCUCUUGUGAUGGGCUAACAUGGUACCAUGUUGUAGUUUCACUUUGCGUUUUGCUGAGGAAAAUUAAGUGGAGCAUUUUUCAUAUGUACUUAAUGGCCAUUUAGAUUUUAACUUUUGUGAAAUCUUCUGUUCAAGUUUUUAUUUUUGUCCACUUUUUUCUACCGAAUUCCUGGCCUUUUUCUUACUGACUUAACAUAGUUCCUUAUAUGCUCUGGCUGAGCCCUGUGUUCAGUGUGUGUUAUAAAUACUUCUGCUCUGUGGCUUGACUUUAUGUUAGGUUUUCUAUGCAUAGUGUUAGUUGCUCAGUCGUGUCCGACUCUGUGUGACCCCAUGGACUGUAGCCCUCCAGGCUCCUCUGUCCAUGGGAUUCACCAGGUAAGAAUACUGAAGUGGGUUGCCAUUCCCUUCUCCAUUUCUCUGCAUAGGGGAAAUCUUAUCACUAGCUCAGAUAUUGACAUAACCUUUGUCAGCUAUCUUUGCCAGAAAAAUUUUAUAAAAAGUCAUGUGAAUCCUAAAUAAUAUAAUCUUUGCAUAGUGCAGUGCCUGUGUUUGGGAUUUGAGAGGAGAGAAAUAAUGUGUUUUUGUAUUAUUGUUAAAUGUUGUAGUGGUACUAGAUUGCCAUUUCAUUAAGACUUGGUGCAUUUUUGCCAUUCUCAUAAGAUACGUGUUAAGCAUGUCAGCGUUCACCUGAAUGAGCUCGUGGGUAUCGGCACCAGGUUGCUUCAGCUGCAGGAAAACCCGGACCCAGUGCAUGUUAAUGGCAGUCCAUAGACAGCCAGGUUGCAGAGCAGACGGAGGUUGACCUGUGGUAGAGAUUCAUGUCACUGUGUAGGACAGAGACAUUGAGCUCUUGUUCCUCUCUGAGUUACUCCCAGAUCUCCACUAGGCUUAGGAGUGACUUUGAGAGGAAUAAACUCCGGAUACCUCUGUGGGUGUGAAAGAUAUCUGAGAAAACAUACAUUUGUGAUUCUGUCAUUUGGGGAGAAAGUAUCUUGGUAUGCUUUGACUUGUUAACUACCACCGUUCCUUCUAGGGCAGUAACAGACAUUACACAAACUUGAGCCAAAAAGGUAUGUAUGGUUUUUGUCCUUUAUAGAAAAUUGCUUUUUGACUGACAGCCUCUCCCCUGCACCUGCCACACACUGCUUUGGGAUCAGGCUCUGCAGACCACGUUUCUCCUCUGCGACUGGCUUUGUGUUAGGUUCUACUGAUCAUGGGCCAUGUGGGAGACAGGAGCCCCGAAGAGGGAGGGAGGCCCUCUUCCUCUGUGUUAACUACCUGUCCCCAGUGGUGGUGCCCAGCCGCGGGCCUACAGCCCACGGUGACACUUGGCAUUCCUAGAGGAGGUGGUCCCCGCUCACAGGUUUUCCACUCUUCUGUAGAACCAUUGCAGCAUCAUCAGCCAGUGCUCCUCUCCAGACAUUUGAAUCCUAGCUCUGUGGGGUCCCACCAAGUUCCUGAGGCACCCGAGCCACCCCAGCAGCAUCCAGGUCUCAAAGGUUUGAUUCCCAGCUCCUCAAACCUCUAAGUCUUUCUUCAGAGUCCCUUGUCUUUGUUUCUAGCCCUGAGACCAGUGGCUUUUCCUGUGGUUCUCAUCUCUGUGAUACCUCAGGGUCCCCCUUUUCCUGUCACCUCUUCACUUUCUGGUUAACAGUCUUUUCUGUUACACUCUUUCUGUUAAAUUAAUUGACAUGCUUGGCAGCCAGAUUUCUGGUUCCUGCUUGAGGGGAAGUGUGAUGGGUCCCCUUCCCACAGCCUUCAGCUCAGGUUGGCUUCCCUCCAGCACACGUGGACUUUGCUCCCAGUUCGUGGGGUUCACCCCAAGCGUGGAGAACCAAGAUGCCGGGGAAACUGGUGUUACCUCCUGUCUGGUCGCGAAGUCCUGUCCUCGUGCCCUUUCCCUUUAAUUCCCUCUCUGCUCUGCCUCAGUCUCUUCAACACCUCUCCAUUCGUUCCUCUGCUUCUUUCUACUUCCUUGGCAUCUUCCUGGCUUUGCUCUUCUCCAUAAUCCAUCUGGAGUCCAUCAUCAUCACUCCAGUUUCUCACCAGGACCGUCUUCUCUCUUCCCCUGUUGUCCUUCGGUCACACUGCCCCACACAACCCGGGCCUGGCUCAUUCCGAUGGCUCCCCCACCCCGCCGCGGUGCCACUGGAGGGAUUCCCACCCCGUGUCCAGUGUCCUCGGGCGCCGAGAGAGGCCUGGAGCGCGUGCCCCAUCCCCUCUCCUCUUGGGGCUGUUCUCCCCGUGACCGCUGCAUCCCGAUCCUCCGUCCUUCCCUUGUCAUCUGGAAGGUGGCCUCACCUAGUUUUCCUCACAGCAGGUGGGACACGGACGCAGGCCUAAGGUCUGUUGCUGCCUCCACACUCACCAACUCUUCUUACCUUACUUGGAGGAAAGGUGUAUCUCCACCUGUCAGAGGCUGAAUCUUCCACUGACCAACCUUGCUUUCUUCCAACCUUCUAAUGUGUUAUAUAAAUUAUUAUUUCUUUCCCUCCACCCCCAAGAGAACAAGGGCAGGGAUUUCACAUCCAUUUGGUUGGCUGCAUAUGCGACAAGGACAGGAAGUCAUCAUGGAAGGAAAUGGCAACCCCCUCCAGUGUUCUUGCCUGGAGAAGCCCAGGGACGGGGGAGCCUGGUGGGCUGCCGUCUAUGGGGUCGCACAGAGCCGGACACGACUGAAGUGACUUAGCAGCAACAGCACACAGAUGACAUUUUAAACCAUGGGCACGAUGAGAGCUACAGGAAGUGACUGCACGGUAAAGCUUGAACUGAGCUCUGGGACACUCUAGUGCGUAGACCUCGGGGAGAUGGAGCAAAAGCCAUCAAGGAGCUGGGCAGAAGCCCUGACUAUUAAGGAGGAAAAACCAGAGGAUGUCCUGUCCUGGGUUCAAUUGACAAGAGUCUUUCCAUGAAGGAAGCAAGAGGGAUCAGCCAUGCCCAGUGCUGCUGGGUCUACCCCCAGAGAGUUCUAUGAAUAUUACUCCCUUCCACAAGCUGGUAUCACCAACGCAGCCAGGGAGCCAGGCCCUGAACCGUCCCAACUGGCCCCAGCCUGCUCCACACCCCAGAGGAAUCCCACAGUGCUUUCCGAGCUGCAGCAGGGGAAACACCGUGGUUGUUGCGUUUUUAACCACUGACUGUGAUACAUCAAGGUAGCUGAUGGUGUCACAGGCAUCCGGGCCCUCUGGGAGCUGAUAUAUUUUUUCAACCCUGCUCUGCCUGCCAGCUAGUAGACACGUGAGUACAAUCUUCCUAUCUAAGGGCAUAGUUGGGUUCUUGGAAGAAGUGACACAUUGGUCACCGGGUGCUGAGAGACGUCGGAUCUGAGCUCUUUGUCACACAAGUGCUAACAAACAGAAAAUGGGCCAUGACAGGUAAAUACCUUAAUGGAUUGUAAUGUGCUUUUUUCCCUUGGCUUCCCGUAAAAAAUCAAAUGAAACACCUUGUGCGAAAAAAUAGGAUACACUUUUACUGGUUGUUUUAAUGAGAGAGAACCACUUUUGGCAACUAUCACCUUACACUUCCUACAGAUCCCCAGAGGAAAGCAGCUCUGUGUCUUGGACUGAACCCCCAUGCAGGCCGGGGCCAAGCGGACUCUCUGUUGCUCCCCAUGGGGCUGUUCUCCUUCGCGUCCAGGCUCGUGGAGAUCCAAGUCAGCAAUGCUAGCUGGGGGCUCUCUGACUUGCCCAUCACAUUGGGUGAGUUUUCAGGCUCUCGGUGGAGAGGGAGGUGAAUGUUCAGGGAAGGGUUACAGAGGGGGACACGUCACAGAUGGUCGACUUCCACGUGUGGGAUGUGGUAGCAGUUGAGGAUUUAAGAGAUUUCAUUGCAGAAGGAAUGUCUUCCUCUUGGGCCCUCUUAAUUUUUUUGUGUGUUUUUAUUUAUUUUUUUUAAUCUUUGGCAGCAUAGAACUGAUUGUGAUCCUCGGAUGCAUCUCUGACGUGUUCAGCUUCCUGUUUCCGUUCUCCCUCUCCCCCAACAGCCACUCCUCCUAGGAAAUAUUUCAGCUGAAUAUUCCCCUGAGGCAGCCUCUUCACAACAUGCUUGGAUGGCCUACAGGGGGCAGGAACAAGGAGAUGAAGGCAUUCUGGAUUUUGUGAAGGUUUCUCAUCUGGCUUUUUAAAAAAACCCAUCAACGCAGCAAGACUAAAGGCCUCUGGGAGCAUACUGUGGCCUUUAAAGUGAGUCCUGUGCCUGGACCCCCUGAAAUGUAUGCUGGGGUUAAUAUGCUGAAAGGUGGCUUCAGAAGCAAAGUGACAUGAAGGUCCUCAAUUCUGGAACUGGCCGUGGCCAUCAUCACUGUCUUCAGCAGUGACAGCCUUGGGAUCCCAAGAGGACUUCAGAGUCCAAGAUUCCUCUGUUUUGGGUUCUCUCCAACUUUAUUCCGGAUUUGGACAAAGACAGAUUGUCCUUCUGCAAAGAAGUGGCUUCAAAACAUCCUCCCUGUAUGGGGCACCCCCAUCAUUUCUGCACAGUGACUGAGAACUCACUUCACUGGCUGGCAGCCCAAGAACUCCGCAGAGUCCCUGCUUCUGCUGUACAGGCUGCCUUCAGGACAGGACACAAGACUGGUGACAUCGUUAAAACCCAGUGAGGAGGUGACCAAGGUGCUGUCCCUGGGCCUUCUGAAUCUAAGGUCCCCUGCCUUUGAAAAACAUGCUCACUCCCUCUGCCUCAUUCUCUACACUCUGACCCACCUUACCCAACAGAACCCAUCAAAAAAUCGCCGGUCAUCUACUGUCAAUUCCUCCUCAGAUUGAAGAAACUUAUGCUGAACAAGAUUACAACCUGCCACAAAUACCACCUGUCCACUACUUGCUGGAGAAUAUGUCCACUGAAAAAGACACCAGCUGAAGGACUCCUGCUCCCCUCCUGGGAAAUGACCUUUUCUGGUACUGCUCACCAGUCCCUGCACAGCUAAGCUUGAAAACCUCUGUCCCACCUGCAAGGAGUCACAGGACCUGAAUGGACAGCAGAGCCAUCUGCGAUCUCACCCUCAGGCUCUCCUGGCAGCAGAAGCAGAUGAUGUGGACAGCGGUCCCCAGACACCGGGCCAGGCCUGCGUAAGCUAACUUGAUUUCUACACCUGUUCUCCCUUACUAUGAAAUUCACGGUGGGGGGGUUUAUUAACACAUUAUUGACCAGAGACAUAUCAAUACACUUUUAGAGGGUGACACAAUUAAUAGCGCCGUGAGAAACUGUUAGAGCUUCAAAUUGAUCAAGGGUUCAUUAUACAACUUGUGACCGUCAUGAUCACAGUCUGCUGUUUCGUUUCUGUUCCAACAUUGUGUAUAAGUGUGACAUUUUAAAAAAUGACACAUUGCGAAAUUUUGAGUGAAGAAUUUUCAGAAUUUCAUAGAAUUCAGUGAAGAAUUUUAUGCAGGUAUUUCCUCUGAUUGUCCAAGUGACAUAUAUACUAGUGUCUUGGAAGACGGUAGUUUUUCAGAAUAUAGUUCUGAUUCAGAGACAUUUAAUUAGACCAACAAGGAGACAAAAAUCCUGAGUGAUUGAUUCUGAUAAAGAAAGUGAAUGUGAAACUCACAGUGCUGGAGAAUGCUCCUUUGCUUCUACAGAAGAGUGGAUGGAAGACAACAUUUCAUGAAAAUUGGAAGACUUUACAGAAGUAAGAUUCAUGGAAAGUAACCUACCAUGAGCUCUUGAUGGCCACAUGGCUGCCCAAUCACAAGGCAUCAAACCUUGGGUAGAGACAUCACAACGGAUGAAGGCUCCACCUACCUUCUGGUCCCUCCCCUCCUGCACAAAAGCUGGCAAUCUCAAACCAAACUGACUAGGGAGAGAAGUGGCUACCACAGAGAUCCCUCAUCCCCUGGCCAAGAGCUGAUACAAAGGAGGCCAUGAUUAGCAAUCUCCCCUUACCUCUUGAAGAUACUGCAGACCCUGCUGGUAAAGCAACAGCUGCCCAAUAAAAAAAUCCCUAGACUGACCACAGUUGUUCCUGAUGAGACAAGCCUCUGACAGCCUUUAGCCGAGCAAGGAGAUGUCUGUGCUGUGACCCACACCCGUGCACCUGGACGACACUUCGGGGGAAGCUGAGACUCGGCCACAGAAGAUUACUGAAGAAGCCCAGUACUUUCUUAGGCCAGCAGCCCAACCAACACAGUCUUUCUCUAGGGGUCAUUCUGUUUACAAGAGUAGUCACCGUAGGGUGCUGUGUUCUCUCAAAAGCUUUAAAUACAGCUUUGCAGCCACAGGCAACCAAGCACAUGCUCUCCCUUGAACAGAACAUCAGAAAAGGAACAGAAUGACUGACUGAAAGAAUGUGAACUCAGAAUCAUGACCUGUGAAGACCACACAGAGAUUGAGCAAAAAGCCGGUAAGAACCCCAGAGCCAUAGCUGGAGGGUAGCCCUACUGCCUUACAUUUGGAUGAAAAGGGGAGGACUGUUAAAAGCAACAGACCCGAAAUGCAGUUGUAUAGGCUAAGCUCCACGUCAUCACACCGAGACUUGACUUUACAGUUUCAGCUCCCCCAGGAAUGGAAUCCCCCAACCCGCAUGAUGAGGACGUCACCUGCCAGACGCCUGCCGUCCCCUAAAGGACAGCAACUGGGCCAUCCCCACCUGCCUCUUCACCUGGUGUAACUGCCUGUGCUUGCCUGCACAUCUCUGCUUUUUGUGCAGCAUCUCAGAGCUCCUUGCUUUCUGCUGGACUAGAAGCUCCUUGAUUCACAAAUCACUGAAAUAAAGCCAGUAGGAUCUUUCAAAUUUA